AUGGCUCGCGCCCUGCCCUGUGCAGGGACGGUGCUGGCCACGGCCGGGGGCGGGAGCGACCUCCAGCUCUGCUUCUCGGCUGCCGGAACCAGUCUGGGCAGCCGACAGCCAGACCACGCUCCUCGAGGCCAGAUGGACGGGCCUGGCAAGGCAGGCCUCGCCCCGCAGAGAUCCGACUCAGAGGAGGAGGCUGGGUCCACGGGCUGCCCAGAGGUCCCGCAGGAGAGUGGGGGUCCCGUCUUCCCAGCGGGGCUCUCGGCCCGGUGCCCCCAAGCCGGCUGGCCGCAGCCGCACCCGGUUCAUCCACUGCCGGAGACCGUCCACACGGGCCCAGCUCAGCGCCAAGAGGAGCAGGCGGUCCAGGCUGUGCCGGUGCCGGGCCAGGACCACCCGGACAACGCUGGCGCCGCCCUGCCCGCGGCCGCUGCCCAGGGGGGGCAGCCACCCAGCGUGGGACAGGGGCCCUUCUUUUACAUCGGAGGCACCAACGGGGCCGCAAUAAUCAGCGCCUACUGCACCGGCAAGGGCUGGCGGCGCACGCAGGACGGCCGCUGCGCGGACUACAAGCUCAAGUGGUGCGAGGUGAAGCGCAGGGACAGCUACUGCAGCUUCCGGGAAGGCGAGCAGCUACUGUUCCAGCUGCCCAACAACAAGCUGCUGACCACUAAGAUCGGGCUGCUCAGCGCCCUGCGGGAGUACGCCCGCGUCUCCAGCAAGGUCCACCAGCCAGGCCCCGGUUCACAGGCCAGGUGAGCCGGGCACCUGUUCUGGAAUGCGCCUGCCCCCUCUCUGGUGGAGCUUCCGUGGGGCAGCCCCGGACACCACGAGCCCCCGAGGGCCCUGAAGAUGGAGGACUUUUUCCCGGAGACCUACCGCCUGGACGUCCGGGAGGAGCGCCAGGCCUUCUUCUCGCUGUUCGAUGAGACCCAGGUGUGGAUCUGCAAGCCCACGGCCUCCAACCAGGGCCGAGGCAUCUUCCUGCUCAGGAGCCAGGACGAUGUCGCCGCCCUGCAGGCCAAGGCCCAGAGUGGGGAGGAGGACACCAGCUCCCGCAAGAUGCCCUUCCGGGCGCCCCAGGCACGGGUGGUGCAGAGGUACAUCCAGAACCCACUGCUCCUGGACGGGAAGAAGUUUGAUGUGCGUGCCUACCUGCUCAUUGCCUGCGCCGUGCCCCACAUGGUGUUUUUCGGCCACGGCUACGCCCGCCUCACCCUAAGCCUCUAUGACCCCGACUCCAGUGACCUCAGCGGCCACUUGACCAACCAGUUCAUGCAGAAGAAGAGCCCCUUGUACCUGCUGCUCAAGGAAGACACGGUGUGGAGCAUGGACCACCUCAACCACUACAUCAACAGCAAGUUCAGCAAGACCCCGGGCCUGCCCCGAGACUGGGUGCUCACCACCUUCACAAAGCGCAUGCAGCAGAUCAUGGCCCACUGCUUCCUGGCGGUCAAGUCCAAGCUGGAGUGCAAGCUUGGCUACUUCGACCUCAUCGGCUGCGACUUCCUGGUGGACGAGAACUUCAAGGUGUGGCUGCUGGAGAUGAACUCCAACCCCGCCCUGCACACCAACUGCCAAGUGCUGAAGGAAGUCAUUCCGGAGGUGGUGGCCGAGACCUUGGACCUGGCGCUCGAGACCUUCCAGAAGAGCUCGCUGGGCCACAAGAUGCUGCCUCUGCGCUCUCAGCGCCGCUUCGUGCUCCUGCACAACGGCGAGGCCGACCCGCGCCCGCGGGGCUCGCGCCCCCUGCCCCGCGCGCCCCCUCGGGGUCUCGACGGCGCCCCAGGCGGGGGGUCCGGGGCCCCGGGCGCGGAGCGGCCGCGCGGGGACUCCGGGGAUCCAGCGCGCGGGGCGGCCGGGGCGGAGCGCGAGGGGCGCAAGCGCGCGAGCCCACGGGGCUCCUAG